CGAAUUCACAUUCAUAUACACUCAUAGAUCGUACCAGCACUCAGAGAGUCAGAAUAAGAAGAAGAGGAAUGGCGAGUCUGAAAGUUCCAGCAUCUGUUCCUUCUCCGACCGAGGACGCCGAGCAACUCCGGAAGGCUUUCGCAGGAUGGGGAACAAAUGAGGCACUCAUUAUUCAGAUAUUGGCUCACAGGAAUGCAGCACAGCGCAAGUUGAUUCGUGAAGCUUAUGCUGCGACUUAUAAGGAGGAUCUUCUCAAGGACUUGGAUGCCGAACUUUCAAGUCACUUCCAGCGUGCAGUGCUGAUAUGGACAUUGGUACCAGCAGAGCGAGAUGCAUUCCUGAUUAAUGAAGCCACAAAACGGCUAACGGCUAGCAACUGGGUUAUAAUGGAAGUUGCUUGCAGUAGGUCUUCCUAUGAUCUCUUUAAGGUCAGGCAGAUGUACCAUGAUCGUUACAAGAAAUCCCUUGAAGAAGAUGUUGCAUAUCACACAUCUGGGGACAUCCGGAAGCUUUUGGUUCCUCUUGUGACUGCAUUCAGGUAUGAGGGAGUUGAGGUCAACUUGACAUUGGCAAGAAACGAGGCUAAGAUACUUCAUGAGAAGAUCUGUGACAAAAAGGCUUAUAAUGAUGAUGAGAUCAUCAGGAUCAUCACUACUAGGAGUAAAGCACAGCUGAAUGCAACCCUGAAUCAGUAUAAGGAUCAAUUUGGGACUUUAAUCAACAAGGAUCUGAAGGAAGACUCUAAAGAUGAGUACCUCACCUUACUAAGAGCAGCAAUCAACUGCUUGACAUGCCCUGAGAAGUACUUUGAGAAGGCUCUUCGAAUGGCGAUCAAGAAGCUGGGAACAGACGAAUGGGCCCUUACAAGAGUAGUGACAACCAGAGCUGAGGUUGACAUGGAGCGUAUUAAAAUUGAGUAUCAGAAGAGGAACAGCGUUACUCUGGAACGUGAUAUUGCUGGAGACACCUCUGGAGACUAUGAAAGGAUCCUUUUAGCUUUGAUCGGCCAUGAAUAGUAUUCCUUAUCCUGGAUGGAACCUAGCUCUCUGCCUGGAGUUUGUGCUGUGCUCGUUUCCUGAUCCUUUCAUUACUUUGUCAGAAUAAUUCUGUAUUGGACUCAAGUUUGAUUUGCAAUAAAACUUGAUCACCAUUUCAACAUACA